AUGAGCAACGCGCAGAACAAACGCGCUGCGCAACCCCAUCAAGAUGAACCCGCCAAGAAGAGAGGUCGGCCUUCAAAGGCAGCGCUUGAUUCGAUGGUUCCUGCGGACAGCAUGAGCCGAGUACAAGCCCGUGAAAUGCUUGAACGCCAUCCUGAGCUGAAUUAUUCUAGCCAAGAUGAGCCUUCAUUCUACGACGAGCUUGUCCCCUGGCCUAAGAAACAUGACUGGAGCGACAAAGAUAAUACUGCGGUCGAUAGGGAAUGGAAUCGGUCUGAGGUGAAGAAAGAGAGCUCCAAGGCCUUGAAUACGUGUCAAUACGCGGCGUUGUACUUGCUCUUCAAGAUCUCCCUCAGAUUGUACCGGACGACACCGAUUGCACUCUUGUCGCCAGUUUAUGGCCUGCGAUACCAACCAGUAUCAAAAGUGGCCAAUAGAUGGAUCAUGGCAGGCACAUUCUGUGAGACUCUCUCUGGCAUCAUGGUUCAUCCAUGCUGGGAGGAGGACACAGCUUCGUUGGCCAUAGCCUUGGGGUGGGCAGUCAUUUGCCGGCUCGAUUCUCGCACUGCGUGGGAAGUCUCCGUGGAGGUUUCUUGCCCAGUCAUUCAACGAACCUUUGACAAGAUCCAAGGUUACGGACAAAAGUCCUUGGACAAAUCAUACCAUGAUUUGCACAAGGCCGAAAGGGAACGCGCUUCUGCCAGAGGGGAGUCACUGUCCUGGCAUUCGGACAUUCUCUAUGCACUCGGCGAGGCGGUCCCAAAAGAACAAAAGAAGAGGCCCGAUGAGGAUUCUGAAUAUUUUCGUGUCUUUGGCCGCAAUGUUCUUCCGGUGACUAAGUGGGAUCUUGAUGUCCUCGCUCAAGUUGUCAAUUCUAUGGACUUCGAACCUCAAUGGAACUAUGGCACUCAAGAGGCCCUGCUCGCUUGGAAGAUCGAGGUUUCUCGUUCUCGUGAUGAAUCUCGUACUGAGUUACCGCGACAGGAAAGGCUCUCGCUUAUAUAUCAAUGGGUACACCUGAGUAUAUUCAGGCAUAUUAGACUCUUAGAUAGACAGCUUUCUCCCUCGCAAGGUACGGAGGAAACUGACGCUGAUGAUAGUCAGAACUCAGAUCCUGCUUCGUCCAGUGACGAUACUGGGUCUCAUCAAGAGACUUCCUCGCCACAGCAGAUGCGUCGAGUAAGUGCUGUCGAUGACUCUAGUCGACGCCCAAAGCGCCGCCGUCAACGCAUUGUCGAGGACUCUGGUGAUGAGGACUCUAGUGACGAGGAGUAUGUUGGACUUCGUCGUCUCCCGAUAAUCCGUCACGGACGUGAUGUCAACGAUGCCGAGGAAGAGCACACUGCGACAGUGCGCCCUGACGUUUCUGAUGCCCGCCCUCUACCUGAAGUAGAGAGUGGAGUUGAUGAUGACAUGACUAACAUUUUCGAUGAUGGUCUCAACCUCGAUUUCGAUGGGUUUGUUCCACAUGUUACCGAGGAGGUGGACGAGUGUGGCCCUUAUGGACCAACUCUUGCCGAAUCAUUUCCUCCUGGACGCCGUGCAUCCCCUGUAUAUGCUUCUCUCCGAGAGAAGAAGAUGCUUUCAGAACUCUCAGAGCUAAGGAAAGAGAACAAGGAGUUGCGGGACGGCCAGAAGCAACUGCAAGACCUCUUUACUGAGGGACAGAAAGAGCAGAAGCAGCUGAUUCUUGAUAUGAAGCUGCAGUUGGAUAGCAUGCAGUCUGAAUUGAGCCAGCUGCGUCAGUCCAAGGAAGCACCCAACCAAGGUGCCGUUGUACAGAGUCAUCCGGAAAGGCUUCGCCCUCCUGGAGCGACUGUCAUCGACCCCCGUGGCGCUACCAAUAGUCCCGAGCUGGGAACAGAUCCUUCGGCGCCUCGCAAUGAUGUUAGAAUCGUGCAGGAAACGAUCAAUCCGAAACCCGCAGAGGAGGACAUUACCCCUGAGCCACCUGUCCCUAAGCGAAAGACUCCAGAACCAGAGAGGUCUGAGCAACAGGCAACAGAUGCGCCGGAGGUCAUUCAAAAUGCGCCUGAACAGAACGCAUCCAAGCAGAAGACGCCUGAACCAGAGCAGUCUCAGCAACAGGAUGACACUGUUGAGGUAGAGCACCUUGAGCAAUUGUCUGACCAAAGUCGCCAGGCAUUGGCUCCUCGCGCCGGCGUCAAGGUUAGUUCACAGAACUUGACCAAAGACGUAUUGCGUGGACUUGCCCAGCGCCCUGUCAAGAAGGAAAGAAGGAUUGGUAGUAUGACGGGCUUGGUAUCUGGACAGACACCUAUUUCAGGUGUGCAAAGGGAUAUCUUUAAGACCCCACGGACAAAGGUCUUAAAAAUAAUUAAGUAA